AUGGCCACUCCCACAACCGCGAAACGCAGUCCUUCUACCCUGUCGGUGCCAGAAAGAGAGACUAGCGUCGUGGAAUCUUUAGGGACGAACAAGGACAGAGACCUCCCAGACACCAUCGACGACCAACAGCUGGCGGAGAAGAAGAGUCAAAUCGACAUCCAAACAGACAACAAGGAUGAUGAAUUUCCUCACGGGUUUCGACUCAUCUGCCUAGUCAUAGGCCUGUGCAUGGCAUCUUUCCUGGUUUCCCUCGACAUGACAAUCGUUGCCACGGCCAUCCCUCGAAUCACCGACCAGUUCCAGACCAUCAACGACAUCUCCUGGUAUGGCGCAGCCUUCUUCAUGUGCGUCGGUGGCUCCACGUCAGCCUGGGGGAGAGUCUACAAGUUCUUCCCUCUCAAGAAUACGUUUGUCGUCGCCGUACUGAUCUUUGAACUGGGCUCGUUGAUCUGCGGCGUGGCCCCCAACUCAGACACCCUCAUCGCCGGACGGGCCAUUGCUGGCCUCGGUGCGGCCGGCAUCUCGUCGGGCGCCUAUACCAUGAUCGCCUUUUCGGCGCCGGCCCCCAAGAGGCCCAUGCUGAUGGGGAUUAUCGGCGGCACGGCUGGGAUCGCGGCGGUCGUCGGACCUCUCAUUGGCGGCGUGUUCGCCAACUCGGUCACCUGGCGCUGGUGCUUCUACAUCAACCUCCCCAUCGGCGGCCUCUCGACGGUAGUGAUCCUGUUCUUGUUCCGCCCUCCAGCGUCUACGCGGCCUCAAUCGACGACGACCUGGAUGCACCGGCUGCUGCACAUCGACGUCGUGGGCACGGCCAUGGCGAUGGGCGGACUCAUCUCCAUCAUCCUCGCCCUCCAGUACGGCGGCACGACGCACCCGUGGGACUCGGCCGUGGUGAUUGGCCUCCUCGUGGGCUCCGUCGCCAUCUUCACCGCGCUGGGUCUGUGGGAGUGGUUCCAGGGCGAGCGGGGCAUGAUCCCGCCUCACCUGAUCAGCCGCCGCACGGUGCUCGUGCCCGCGGUCUUCACGUCGCUGUUUUCCGGCGCCUUCUUCCUCGAGAUCUACUACCUGCCCAUCUACUUCCAGUCGAUCGACGGCGCCGACCCGACCACGUCGGCCGUGCACAAUCUGCCGCUCGUCAUCGCCAUCACGGUCGGCACGAUUGUGUCGGGUGUCUUCAUCACGCGCACCGGCCUGGCGACGCCCGUGCUCGUCGUCGGCGCGGCCAUCGCCACCGCGGGCGCCGGCCUGAUCUACACGCUCGGCAUUGGCUCGUCGACGGGUACAUGGGUGGGCUAUCAGGUCUUGGGGGGCAUCGGAUGGGGCCUGGCGUUUCAGGUGCCCGUGAUGACGGCGCAGGGGUUUUCGUCUGCAGAGGAUCUCUCGUCCACGACGGCUAUUGUAUUGUUCUUCCAAACGACCGGCGGCGCCCUCUUCGUCUCGACGGGCCAAUCCGCCUUCGUCAACACCCUAACCCGCCAGAUCCGGCGGACACACCCCUCCCUCCCGCCGGGACUGGUCAUCACCACGGGCGCCUCGGACCUGCGUCGCGUCUUUGACCCCGAAGUCCUCCCCGGCGUGGUCGCAGCGUACAUGUCCGGGUUGAAGGUCGCGUGGGCGGUGGCGAUUGCAGCGGCGGGGACGGCGUUGGUGGUGGGGGUGUUGGGGACGUGGGAGAGGGUGCAUAGUAGGGACGGCGAUAGUGGUAGUGCACUGUAG